CAAUGCUAUAGUCGAUCUCCUACUCGAGCAAUCGGGGGGCAAUAGAUUCUUCCCCCCUGCGAAGUGAACCAAUGACCCUCUGUGCGAUCCGUAGCCAUUUUGGCUCAAGGCGGUCUCCACCAGUUGUGAACCGCACACACGCUGAAAGACCAGGUGCAGGCAUGCAGCAAUACUGUGCCCUGCGCACUGGAUUCAGAGCUCGAGGCUGUCCUGCAAAAAGACACACAUGAGCUGGAACGAGAGAGGGCUGCGAAACGCGUGAAAUUGACGAUGGAAGGUAUAGCCAAAAAGAUCGGGCUCCCCCGAAAAGUAACAAUGUUUGGGUCUUUCUCGAAUGGUUGCAAAAACGGAACAUCAGAUUUCGAUAUUGCACUUGUUAGUAAGAUUGAUGCUGGACAGGCGGUGCACUACCUGGCCAAAAUUGCAGAGCAGUUGCCAUCUUGUGGCUUCGGUAACGUCACAAGGGUCUUCCAGGCGUCGACGAAGCUGUUGAAGUUUACAGACGUGAGGACACAAGCGGAGGUGGACUUUUGCAUCAACAAUGACCUAGGGGUUAGGAACUCAAGGAUGCUUGGCUGCUACUGUGAGGUUGACCAGCGGGUGUCGAAACUGGGCCGGCUCAUCAAAGAUUGGGCAAAGAGGCGUGGCCUGGUUGGCAGUGCCGAUGGUUAUUUGAAUAGCUACGCAUACAUGCUCCUCACAGUUUUUUACCUUCAGCAGACAACGCCGCCUGUGUUGCCCAACCUGCAAAAAAUGGCAACGGAGCCUUUCCUGGUUGACAGUGACAAGUGGGGAAUGGAGGACACAUGGGACACCAAGUUUUGGGACGACAUAGGGGGCUUGGAGAAGUCGAGCAACGAGAUGACCGUCAGCCAACUGCUCAUCGGCUUUUUCCAUUUUUACGGAUUUGCUUUCGAAUGGAAGUCCUGUGCGGUGUGCAUUCGGGAGUCCCAACCAGGGCAGUCGGUGAAUAAGUUCACCCUACAGACUCGCGUCAUCGAAGAGCAGUGGUACAUCGAGGAUCCGUUCGACUUGCGGCACAAUCUGGCUGGGAGGUGCAGCCGCGCUGGUCGCGAACGGAUUCUGAGCACCAUGAGGGACACGCACGAGGUGUUGUCCAGUAAGGGCCGCUGGGCUCUUGCAUGCCCCCUCAGGGAAUCCAGCAAGCACUUCCUCAAAUGCCGCACCGCCCAUGACGUUACCCCGCAGGCCUUCCUCGAGGCUUUCGAGGAGUUCGAGUUGGUCAAGCUGCACUUUCCCAAGCCGUGCGACCAGGGCAGUCGUCAUUUGAACACGUUCCUGGAAUUUAGAACCAGUGCGGCGCGCAGGCGUGCGCACACCAAGAACGAGUGCCACCUGGAGGGGUGCUCUCAGCAGCUGCACCUGCACGCCAGUUCGCAGCACGCCCUCGAGGAUGCGAUGCAGGCCCUCGAAGCCACCGGCGGGUCGUACUCCACCUUCGAGAUGCUUCCCUACAAGCUGCAGAGGCGGGUCCAGCAGAACCGAUGCGGCCUCGAUGGUGCCAGUGCGUGGCACGGAGUGGAGCAGCAGGAGAUUCAGCUGGAUGCUGCAAUAGACAGCUGCGAGGCGGUCUUGAUUCAGCAGCUAAGCGAUGCAGCGACCCAUAUCGACUACUGCCAGUUCCGCGACAUCCUCAUGGACCACUUGAUGGAGGCGGGGAACCUGAUCUCGAGGGCUGUGACUAGCGAGCGCCACAUCGUGGAGCGGGUGUUCGGCGGCGACUGCGCGCGCAUCUCUCGGCUAAGGGCUCUGUUGGACGCCGCAGGGCAGGUCGAGCAGCACAACCAGGCCGUGGUCGCGUGCUCGAGUGCCUGUGAGGUGGCGGAGCGCUUGCUCUGGGACCUGGGCCUCUCCGAGCAGCUCGAGCUGCGGCAGGUCCGCGAGCGCGAGCGCCUGCAGGCGCUGCAGCACGCGAGGCGCAUCCGGCAGCACCCCCUCUCUCAGGCUGCGGCCCAGGGCCGGGGGCCGGCACCGUGGCUGCCCGGCGAGCAGCCCGAAGGCUGGCCAUGCGGCCAAGACCAGGACGCCAGCCGGGACCACGCCGGCGGAGGACCUGCCGCCACACUCCCGGCACCCCUCCCGGCGUGCGCCCGGCCUCCCGGCACCUUCCGGCCGAAGCCCGCCGUCCCCGCGGUGGGCCCGUGGGUGGGCCCCUGGCGCGCCGCGGCGCUUGCGGCCUCCUCCGCGGCGUGCCCGCGGCCGCCGCCGCUGCCCAAGGGGGCCCCGCCGCCGCCCCACGGGGCCGCCGCGCCGCCGGCGCCGCCCGCGCUGCCCCCCCCCGUGGCGGUGGUGCGCGCGUCGGCGUCGGACCGCCAGUUCUGCGCGUGGGCGACCACGUCGGCGGCGCUCGCGGCCCCCGCCGUGUUCCUCGGCGCCGCGGCGGUGCUCGCCACGUGCUCCCCGGCGGUGGCGGCGGCGGCCGCGACGGCCACCGUGGGGCACGCCUCCGACCUCCUGCUGACGACGUCCUCGUACCUGGACGCGCUCGCGGAGGGGGGGGUCGACAACGGCGCUUUCGUGCAGAUCUUGGACAGUAGUUCUAGGCUUUUAGAGGGCGCCGCCCCGGGUCUCCUGGCGACGGCGGCAGGACUAGUCACCAGCGCGACUCAGUAUAUAAUAGACGAUCCAGAUCCAGCGUAGUUCCAGCGGGGAGACGACGUGUCUCUCCAACACUAGUGGUGCCGACCACGGGCCAAUUGGCCACCUUCUGCUCUGCCUGAACCGAGCACGGAGUCUUCCUUUUUUCCCGGCUAGCCGUGUUUCCUUGCACGGAGUGCCAUUUUUUUUUUUGUUUUUAAAAAGUCUCUGUGCGACGGAAGCCUUGCAAAGGCAGGAUGCGUCUGUCACCAGAUACCUCUUGGAUGUGGCGAACUUGCCAGAGGGUCAGCAAAGUGGUGGCGCUACAUGCGGGAGCACUUAGGGCUGCAGAAAAGUUGCCCUUCCUGAGAUCCGACGUUGCAAAACGUCGCAACAAAAAAUCAGACCGGAGCCCCG